GAUCGAUGCGAGUCGCGCAAUGGUAUUCUUCGAUAGUGGUGGUGCUCACGCUCUGUUCUGACAAAAAUUUGCGUUAAAAGGGCGUGUAAAAUGCACAAGCGGCGUGACUCGAGGACGCUCGGGUCAGCCUCGGAGAUGGUUUCGAUGCCAGUAAACGGCGAGAACAUCAAGAUCGCAGCGGGACAUCAACGAGUGGCUUAGCCUGUCGCAUUUCACACCACAGAGAUGUCUGCACCCUGAGAAACGGACUGACGGACAGACAGAUGUCUCCGUGUCAAAGUUUUUGUUGUGAUUCCCGACGAAAUGCUGUUUGUAAAAUUCGGGAACUCUCCGGAGCGUGUUCUCUAGCUAGUGCUUGUUAAUCUGUCGGCUACAUAUUAGCUGGUGCCAGUACGUGGAGAUGUUUUCGUCGCCGGCGUCAGUGGUGGGCGAGUCGUCAGGCUACGACUUUCAGAAAGAGGAGAACGCCGCCAAGUGGAAGGGAGUGUUUGUCAACUCCCUGAGCAAGGUAUUGGAGCAAGUACAUCCCAGUCUUGAAGCGCGACAAGAUGCCUUGGACUAUGUGGAGAGUUUGAUCUUAAGGCUGCUGGGAAUGCUUUGUGGCCAUCCUCCUCCGCACACACCUCAAGAUGUAGAAGAAAGAGUAAGGCGUACAUUUCCUACACCCAUCGACAGAUGGGCACUCAGAGAUGCGAGAGACGCCUUGGAGAAAGGAAAAAAGAAAUCGCCGCUAGUUCUUCCGGUUGACAAAAUUCAUCAACUGUUACAAAAAGAAGUAUUACAACAGAAAAUUGAUUUGCAAGUUAGUCUUUUUGUGGUAGGAGUCUUGGAAUACAUUUCUGCGGAUAUCUUGAAGCUAGCUGGAAACUAUGUUAAGAAUAUACGUCACGUGGAGAUAUCUUGCGAAGAUAUAAGGGUGGCCAUGUGUGCAGAUAUGGUAUUAAUGGAUUUAUUUUAUCAAGACGAUUAUGCCGAGGGCCCACAAAGCGGUUUAGGCGCAGUGGUUUCUCAAACUUACGAAGAAUCAGUCCGGGAUCUCAUACACGAUGAACGUCAUUAUUUACGUGAUCUCCAUAUGAUCAUUAAGGUAUUUCGAGAAGAAAUCGCGAAGUUAGCGCAAGAUAGAACUGAGAUGGACACACUUUUCAGUAAUAUAAUGGAUAUUUAUGAAGUAACUGUAACUCUACUUGGUAGUCUAGAGGAUAUAAUGGAAAUUACAGAAGAGAAACAAACGCCCACGGUUGGCUCGUGUUUCGAAGAACUUGCGGAAGCAGCGGAAUUCGAUGUUUACAUAAAGUAUGCGAAAGACAUCAAUGGUCCAGCUAGUCGAGAAGUUUUAUCAAAUCUACUCUCAAGACCCGAAGCUAAUGCUGCGUUAAGAGCGGCGGGACACGGAUUCAAGGAAGCUGUCAAAUAUUACUUGCCAAAACUUUUGUUACAACCAGUAUGGCAUUGUUUCUUGUAUUUCGAUUAUAUAAAGGUAUUACAAAAACGUACACCAAAUACAGAAGAUAGUGAAACACUGGAACAAGUACAAGGUCUUUUAAGGCCACUGCAGAUGGAAUUACUACAAUCUGUGGCGAGUCUUCCGAAAAAAGAUACAGGCCUGCGGAUGCAGAGUAGAGCAAGGAGACAAGCAGCGUUGGAGAAGACUAGUGAAUUACAAAAAACAGUCGACGGUUGGGAUCAAAGGGAUGUCGGACAAUGCUGUAACGAAUUCAUACGAGAGGAUAUGUUGGGAAAAGUAAGUAACGGUAAGAGACUAACGGAACGAAGAGCUCUUCUCUUCGACGGUCUACUGGUUCUUUGUAAACCGAGCGGUGGCAAAAGAGUCAGCGUUACCGUCGCAGCCGUCGGUGUAGUGGGCCAUCCGCCUCACCAGGGCGAAUUGCGUUUGAAGGAAAGGUUUUUUAUUAGGAAGGUUGAUAUUAUCGAUAGGGAGGAUACUGACGAAUUGAAAAAUGCCUUCGAAAUUGCACCAAGGGACCACCCAAAUGUUAUUCUUGUUGCCAAAUCCGUCGAAGAUAAAAAUAGUUGGAUGGCGGAUCUUGUAAUGUUGAACACGAAAAGUAUGUUAGAGAGAACGUUGGACAGUAUCCUUUUGGACGAAGAGAGGAAACAUCCGUUGAAGUUACCUCCGCCAGAUCUGUACAAAUUUGCCGAACAAGACAGUCCGGAGAACAUCGUUCUGGAAGCCAGAGAAAACGGAGGUGUCCCACUGAUUAAAGGGGCGACUUUGGUCAAAUUGGUAGAGAGAUUAACUUAUCACAUAUACGCUGACCCAGCUUUUGUACGAACAUUCCUUACUACUUAUAGGAGUUUUUGCUCACCUCAGGAACUGUUAACGUUACUAAUCGAGAGAUUCGACAUACCAGAUCCUUCGUUAGUUUACGGUGACGAGGAAAAAUCUUCCGGUUGUAAGACAACCGCGAGGGAAGAUUGGAAGAGAUAUAGAAAAGAAUUUUGUCAACCUGUACAGUUCAGAGUUUUAAACGUUUUAAGACACUGGGUCGAUCACCAUUUUUAUGAUUUCGAACGCGAUAGAAAUCUUCUGGAAAGGCUACACUUGUUUUUAGAUACAGUGAGCGGAAAGUCGAUGAGGAAAUGGGUGGACUCAGUAAUAAAAAUAGUUCAAAGGAAGUGCGAGCCCUCCGAACAAAAACCUAUCACGUUCAGCUUCGAGCGAUCUCCACCACCUAUCGAGUGGCACCUGAAAGUUCCUGAAGAAGAAUGGAAUAUAUUAACGCUACAUCCAAUUGAAUUAGCGAGACAACUGACUCUGCUGGAGUUUGAAUUGUACAGAACUGUAAAACCCUCGGAAUUAGUAGGAUCGGUAUGGACGAAGAAGGAUAAAGAAAAAACGUCGCCGAAUUUGUUGAAAAUGAUAAAACAUACGACGAAUUUUACGCGGUGGCUCGAGAAGACUAUAGUGGAAGCAGAGAAUUUAGAGGAAAGAGUAGCGAUCGUGUCGCGAGCAAUUGAAAUCAUGAUGGUGCUUCAAGACCUUAACAACUUUAACGGUGUAUUGGCAAUCGUUAGUGCAAUGGGGUCUGCGUCUGUAUUUAGAUUGAAAUUCACUUUCCAACAAAUACCAGCGCGAUUGGAAAAAGCACUCGAGGAAGCGCGAGAACUGAAUAAUGGUCACUUUCGAAAGUAUCAAGAAAAAUUGCGAUCCAUUAAUCCUCCAUGUGUACCAUUUUUUGGCAUGUACCUGACCAACAUCUUACACAUCGAAGAAGGGAAUCCGGAUUAUCUACGAGGAAGUCCGGAGCUUAUAAACUUUAGCAAACGACGAAAAGUGGCGGAGAUAACGGGAGAGAUUCAACAAUACCAAAAUCAACCUUACUGUCUUUCAGUGGAGACGAGGAUAAGACAUUUCAUUGAGAAUCUGUCACCCUUCGAUCCCAACAUGAAAGAGGCCGAUAUAAGCAAUUAUUUGUACAAUAAAAGUUUAGAAGUAGAACCGAGAGGUUGUAGGCAACCACCCAGAGUCCCACGCAAAUGGCCGGACUUGAACUUAAAGUCGCCGGGCAUUAAGGCCAGAAGUUUGAGUGGUAAAUUACCAGCUCCUUUACAAGCUAUGGCUUCCAGCGUAAGGCUGCACGAUCCUCCGCCGGAGGUUCCGCCUCUAGAGUUACCAGAAACUCCUCCGGCCACUUCGCAUAUCACCGUCUCUCACAUAGGAGGAGAUCACAGUGUCUUUGCACCUGUUUUACUCGGAGGUACAGCUCAACCUCCAGGUUCGCCAGGUCCUCUCAGCAUGUCAGGACUCUCGAUCAGCUCGCCUGGUAGCAGUCCGCAAUUGGGAUCGCCGGGCCACUUGUCUCUGCCGCACCAUCAACCGCAGAACAGCCACUUUGGCUUUAAUUCCGGAACGAUCGGUGUGAUGGGAGCUUUGACCGGUAUGUCAUCGGCGGGCGGAAGUCCUGGCGUCCCGAUGCCGCUUCCACCGUCGCCCAGCCACGUACCUGCCAGUCAACCUCCACCCCCUCUACCACCGAGAUCUCAUAGGAAACGAGAGAGUUCGACGAGCGAAUCGCCGCAACAGGCGAGACAAGCCCCGAACGCGCCGACUCUUCCACCGCGGGAUGGCACGCCACCGCCACCGUUACCGCCACGAAGAGAUGUGCCUCCGGCGACGUUACCACCCCGUCUUCCCGCGACGUUGAAUCCGAGUUGUUCGGCGCUACUCGCCAGGCGGAAUUCCACGUUCGAAACCACGUGUUCAAACGCUGUUUAUCCACGAAGGCACAUGUCUUUUAACGGACCCAGUCCCACUAAACUUCCACCCACGCAGCCCAACGGAUCGGUAACGCCCAGACUACCGCCGAAACCGUUGCCGGGACGUCCACCAACUACCAUGUUUAAUUUCAAUGCUCCUCCUGGAUCUAGUUAAGUGUUACAUCUUCCUACCUCUUACCUAAAUUGAAAUCGCAUCAUCUUCGAAAAUCGAGAUUUAGUCCACUCAGUAGGAUUAGUCGAAUCGGAUUAGUUGCGGCAGUCCGGUACGACUGACGAAGUAAAAAGAAGACCAUGUCGUUUACACACGUUUAUUCGCGGGGGAUAUCGCAAGAGCACAAGAUUCUUUUAGAACGUCGUAUUAGUGUGUUUACCGGAAACUUUUUUAUUCGAAACGCGAUUGGUAAGUGCAUCAACGCGUGGAAGGUAACGAUUAAUCCUCGCGGCACGGCUCAUUCGCGAUGAGAUGCCGUUACAUUCCUUUCGAUUUCUCUUUUUAAACACGUGUAACGCUACUUUUAUUGAAAGUUUAUUUUUCGAGACGAUAUAAAAUGUGUUUUAUCGUAUACAUAUAGUAUAUUUUUAGAAAGUUUUUUUAUCCAGGUGAUAUGUGUGGUAAAUAUAAGGCUUUAUACACGAUAUUCGAUUUAAUGCAACUACUCGGUUUCAAGCUGUCUAUCCGUGAAAAAAUAUCCAAAGAGAAAUUCUUUAACAUUUGACAUUUGUGUACAGACGUCGUCUAGACUCUAGACAGAGAAGCAUCCUCGAUCUUUUUCCCUUCCCCUUGAAAAUUACAAAGUAUUUUUAUAACAUUGAUUGAACGGGAAGUUUCUUUCGCGUGAUUUCGUACACUCGAUUCUGACAAAAAUGCAUGAUGCUCGUUGAUUCUGACGUCGAUUAAAAACGGAUAAAAGAGAAGCAUAACUUUUAACUACAGGAAAUAAGUAAGAAACAGUCAUACGCACACACGAACGUGUCACGCAUGUAUUAAAUGUUGCAAGUUAACGAUUUUGAAGGGGAUACUUUCCGGCGUGAGAUCCCUCUCCCUCCUCGAAAGAUUCAUCGACGUAGCUGCGGCACAAGAGCAAUGUAAGGAUGUUGUGAAAAACAACUUUUGACAAACAACGAGGAAAGAACAAGAGGAGAAAUAUGCAAACAAGAUGCACAAGCUUUUCCAACCAGAUUUCGUCAGAACUUGGUAGGAACUCUUGUUGGGAUAAUGAAACGAUUUCUACGUUGAGACGAUGUUCAUCUAAAAUUGCACAAAACGACCACGGAUGCGAAUCAUUCCGUUAUAAUUUGUAAUUUGGACGGCCUGCGAUGCACGGUAUUUUCCGUGACGAUCGUAGAGCAAUUUGCAAGUAGGCUUACGAGCUCAUCAGGCAGUGUAGGAUACAUUUCAUCGCAGCCGUUUUGCCGGGCUCACUACGUCUAAAAAAAGAAAUGUCAAAUUGACGCGACCGUCAGGUCCGAGGAGGUCCGACUGAAUGGACUAUGUAUCGAUUUCGACUGUCUGGACGGUCUCCCUUUCUUUGAAAGAAGAAAAAUAAUAUGAUCCCUCUCUAUCCCUCAACACAACUGUGAUACACUUUUAGAUUUUAAAAGAAAGGAAGCAGAAGACGGAAGAAAGUGCAGAAUGGAACGAUUCAUAGGCCAAUAUACAUAUAGAAUUAUACAUAUAAAUCGAGAAUCAAUAGCAAAAAAAAA